GCUCGUAUUAGACGUGAUGCUCAGGAGGUUAAACGUGAUGCUCAGCAGGCCUCCUUCUUUAAACGUGAUGCUGAGGCUCGUAUUAGACGUGAUGCUCAGGAGGUUAAACGUGAUGCUCAGCAGGCCUCCUUAGUUAAACGUGAUGCUCAGCAGGCCUCCUUAUUUAAACGUGAUGCUGAGGCUCGUUCUAGACGCGCUAGACGUGAUGCUGAGGCCGAUCCUGUAAAAAAACUUAGUGCCAUUAAACGUGAUGCUGAGGCCGAUCCUGCGGAGGCGUGGUGA